AUGUCUCGACGACCCAGAACAGAUAAGCCUGGCGAAGAAUGUCGAGGAGAGCCGGCCCCAAAUGAUGUCCAAUAUAAUAAUGGCUUCAGGAUGUUGUUGGGGCUGUCCCGUUUCUGCAGCGCAUCAGAGUACGGGUUCGUGAACUAUGCUCUCGAGCUGCUCGUGAUGAAGACUUUUGGACAGACGACGUGGGAGGAAAUCAAAAGAAAAGCCGAUGUCGCGAUGGAAGGCAGUUUCCUGGUGCGGCAGAUAUACGACGAUGAGAUCACGUACAACCUCAUCACGGCUGCCGUCGAGAUACUGCAAAUACCAGCAGACGCUAUAUUGGAAUUAUUUGGCAAGACUUUCUUCGAGUUCUGCCAAGAUUCUGGAUAUGAUAAAAUCUUGCAAGUGUUGGGCGCCACACCUCGCGACUUUUUACAGAAUCUAGACGCGUUGCAUGAUCACCUCGGAACCCUGUACCCUGGCAUGCGGUCACCAUCCUUCCGAUGCACGGAGAGACCAGAGGACGGGGCGUUGGUCCUACAUUACUAUUCAGAUAGACCUGGGUUGGAGCAUAUUGUUAUUGGAAUUGUGAAGACAGUAGCCAGCAAGCUUCACAAUACAGAAGUUAAGGUGGAAGUCUUAAAAACCAAAGAGGAAUGUGACCAUGUUCAAUUUCUCAUCACUGAGACUUCUAAUAAUGGACGUGUAUCCGCCCCUGAGAUUGCAGAGUUUGAAACUUUAUCACUUGAGCCAAAAGUCAGUCCAUCUACGUUCUGCCGGGUGUUCCCAUUCCACCUAAUGUUUGACCGGGAGCUGAACAUCGUGCAAGCCGGACGUACUGUGUCCCGUCUCCUGCCGAGAGUCACCAGGCCUGGUUGCAAAAUUAGUGAUGUAUUGGACACGGUGCGACCACAUUUGGAAAUGAAAUUCGAGAACAUUUUGGCACACAUCAAUACUGUAUAUGUGCUGAAGACGAAGCCAGAAGAAAUGAACAUUACUGAUCCACAUGAGGGAAUUGCUCCUCUUCGUCUCAAGGGACAAAUGUUGUACAUCCCAGAAACAGAUGUGGUCGUCUUCCAAUGCUACCCCAGUGUCACUAACCUUGAUGACUUGACCCGCCUUGGCCUCUGCAUCGCCGACAUUCCUCUCCACGACGCCACUCGCGACCUGGUGCUCAUGUCAGAGCAGUUCGAGGCAGACUACAAGCUCACCCAGAACUUGGAGGUGCUCACCGACAAACUGCAGCAGACCUUCAGGGAGCUGGACUCGGAGAAGCAGAAGACUGACAGACUCCUGUACUCGGUACUGCCUCGAAGCGUGGCCACGGAGCUCCGCCACCGGCGUCCCGUGCCAGCGCGCCGCUACGACCCAGUAACUCUCCUGUUUAGUGGCGUCGUCGGCUUCGCUAACUACUGCGCCAGGAAUACUGACCAUAAGGGUGCCAUGAAGAUCGUGAGGAUGCUCAACGAUCUGUACACCACGUUCGACGUUCUUACUGAUCAGCAGAGGAACCCUAACGUUUAUAAGGUGGAAACGGUGGGAGACAAGUAUAUGGCAGUUUCUGGACUUCCGGAAUACGAGGAGGCUCAUGCUAAGCACAUCUCGCUUCUUGCUCUUGAAAUGAUGGACAACUCCAAGGAGAUCACUGUAGAUGGAGAACCUGUUGGCAUCACUAUCGGUAUUCACUCCGGCGAGGUGGUGACUGGCGUCAUUGGCCACCGCAUGCCGCGCUACUGCCUCUUCGGGAACACCGUCAACCUCACCAGUCGCUGCGAGACCACGGGCGUUCCAGGCACUAUUAAUGUCAGCGAGGAUACUUACAGCUACCUGAUGCGUGAAGACAACUACGAUGAAUCAUUCAAACUGACCUAUCGCGGCCACGUCUCCAUGAAGGGGAAGGCUGAGCCUAUGCAGACUUGGUUCCUUGAGAGGAAGACAGUCUAA